AUGAUUGGUGAGAUGAAUAGUGAUGAAAAUUUUUCUAUAUCAAGAGAUGACAUAAUAUUAAGGCACAAAAAAGAGCAAAAAGAUUUACAGAAUACAGUAACCGGUCUUAAGAAACAAGCAUCUAAAAAGACUCGAAAAUCAGUAAAUUCCAAAUGUGAACAACUUCAACAAGAACUAGAUAGAAAGCAUAAGGAAGAACUUACUCAAUUUGAUGGGAUAGAGUCUAAUGAAGAGUCAGAGUUGACUCCAGAACAACUUCUUGCUCAAUUAGACCUCAAGGAGGUAGAAAAUGAUAAGCCAAAAGCUGGUCUACAAUCACAAGAUUCAAUACCCAAAAAGAAACGUAAUAGAGCCAAGGAGAAACUAGAAAAACGAAAGGCUGAAAUAGAAGCUAUGAAAAAGGAAGCCUCGCUAGAAGCAGAAAAUUCAAUAGAUUAUAGACAAAUUGAAAUUGAUUCAUUUAAUCAAUUACUCAAACUUAAUAAUUUGACAUUAUUUGAAAUUAAACCAGAUGGACAUUGUUUAUUUGCUUCAAUACAAGAUCAACUACAAACAAGACUCAAUAUUGCUCAUUCAAUACAAGAAUUACGAGAUAUUUCAGCUAACUAUAUAUUGGAUAAUCGUGAUGAAUUUAUCCCAUUUUUAUUUGAUGAAGAGACUAUGCAAAUUAAAGACGUUGAAGAAUAUUGUAAAGAAUUGAGAGAAACUGCCCUAUGGGGAUCAGAUAUGGAAAUACUAGCAUUGGCUAAAUUUUUCAAUGUUGCUGUUUAUAUAUUCAUGGCAGGAGCUUCUACAAUUAAAAUUAAUCAAUGUAGUGAAGAUAAAAUCUUGAAUAUUGGAUAUUUCAAACAUAGCUAUGGGUUAGGAGAGCAUUAUAAUUCUUUGAGAGAUAGUGUUGAAAGUAAAUAA